AUGUCCGCAACCCAGUCGACCCUUCCCCCUCAUCUUCAGGGCCAGCUCGAUGUCUUGAUGAUAGACAACUUCGACUCUUUCACCUGGAAUCUUUACCAACAACUGUGCCUCGCCGGGGCGAAUGUCACCGUCAUCCGCAACGAUGCUAUCGACGAAUCCCAGCUGCCUUUGCUCAAGAUAAAGCACUUGAUCAUCUCGCCGGGCCCUGGCCAUCCUCAGACCGACUCUGGUAUCUCGAGGGCCGCGAUCAAAUACUUCGAGGGCAAGGUCCCCAUCUUUGGAGUGUGCAUGGGUUUGGAGUGUGUUGUGGAUGUCUAUGGCGGUACAAUUGCUUACGCCGGAGAAAUCAUGCACGGCAAAGUCAGCAAGGUCAGACACGACAAUCGGGGCUGCUUCAAGGGCAUCCCUCAAGGAAUCAAAUCUAUUCGAUAUCACUCUCUCAGUGCGGCGUUAUCUACCCUUCCUGCCGAGCUCGCCGUUACUUCCGUUACCGAAGAGUCGGGGGUCAUCAUGGGCGUCCGACACCGGAAAUAUGCCAUCGAAGCUGUCCAGUACCACCCCGAAAGCAUCCUGAGUGAGGGCGGCGAUGAACUCAUCCGCAACUUUCUUUCACUUCGGGGCGGUACUUGGGAGGUCAACCCCGAAGCACAGGUUCUUGACCAGUCCCUCCCUCCGUUCCCCAUCGAAAACCUCCCAAGAGAAAUCUCUUCCAACCCCGCUGCGGCAAAGAAGGUCCCUUCCAUCCUCGACAAGAUCUAUGCUCAACGUCUCAACGACGUUGCCCUUGCGCAGCGGACACCUGGCACCACAUUGGCCGAUCUCGAGACCCUUUACGCUCUCAACGUCGCCCCUCCUCUUAUCUCAUUCACCGAGCGUAUCAAGUCGGAAACUGGUCGACCCUCCCUCUUUGCCGAAAUCAAACGUGCCUCCCCUUCCAAGGGCCCUAUAUCCGUGGCAACCUCUCCAGCAACCCAGGCUCUGACUUAUGCAUUGUCAGGAGCUGCCGUCAUCUCCGUAUUGACAGAGCCCAAGUGGUUCCUGGGAUCGUUGCAGGACAUGUUGCACGCACGUAACAGUGUUGCCCACCUGCCCAAUAGGCCAGCUAUCCUGCGCAAGGACUUCAUCCUCAGUCGAUACCAGAUCCUCGAAGCUCGCAUCUGGGGUGCCGAUACUGUAUUGCUAAUCGUCAGCAUGCUUCCUGAAGGGCUCCUCAGAGACCUUUAUGCCUACUCACUCGAGUUGGGUAUGGAGCCCCUCGUCGAGGUCAACAAUGCAAAGGAAAUGGAGAUCGCCCUUUCCCUUGGCUCAAAGGUCAUCGGCGUCAACAACCGCAACCUCCACGAUUUCCAAGUCGACAUGAACACCACAAGCAGAUUGGCGGACAUGACCAAGGGCCACGAUGUCACCCUCUGUGCACUCAGUGGCAUCUCUGGUCCCGAAGAUGUCAACCGCUAUGCAUCUGAAGGUGUUGGCGCCGUUCUCAUUGGUGAGAGUCUUAUGAGGGCUGAAGACCCUUCCGCCUUCAUUCGCGACCUCUUCUCCCUUCCCGAAGCUCCGGUUCAACCACCAAAAUGGCGCUCCCGUCUCCCUUUGGUCAAGAUCUGCGGCGUUCGUUCCAAGGACGAGGCUGUCGCGAUCGCCACUGCCGGUGCAGACAUGAUCGGGUUGAUGUUCGUUGAAAAGUCGAAGAGGCGGGUUGACUGGGACACCGCGAAGGAGAUCUCCAAAGCCAUCCGCGAACUUCGAUUCGACGCUCCUCCUGCUGUGUCCGAAGAGACCCCCGACACUCCCAACACCCCCUGGUUAACCUCUCACGCCAACCGACUCUCCGAAUCCAGCCCUAACUCCCGCCCUCGACUCGUCGGUGUCUUCCAGGAUGCCCCCCUUUCGCAGAUCUUGAAGACUGUUGCUGAGAUCCAACUCGAUAUGGUUCAGCUGCACGGUUCGGAACCUAUCGAAUGGGCUCAGCAGAUACCGGUGCCCGUCAUCCGCGUCUUCCAUGUCACCGCUGAUGGCAAGGGUCUCGAGGGUAUCACUCGCCCAGGUGCUCACCAAUUCGUCCUCCUGGACAGCGUCCGCGAUGAUGGAUCUGGCAUGAGUGGUGGGAGUGGAAAGGUCGUUGACUUGGACCUUGCCAAGCGGGUCGUCGCGGCUGGCGAGAUCAACGUCGGGGGAACCGCUGCCUAUGCUGGCGCUGGGAAGGAAGCUGGCGACGAAGAAGAGAACGGACAGGUGAAGACUUCCAAACAAGCAUCCGUCAACUAUCCCUUGCCUAUCAUCCUGGCUGGCGGGUUGACUGCCAGCAACGUCGCUGCUGCCAUCUCGAAGGUUCAACCCUGGGCUGUGGAUGUCAGUGGAGGUGUUGAGAAUGCCACUCAGGGCGGGAAGGACCUCUCCAAGGUACAGGCUUUCAUCGACGCCGCCAAGGGUUUAACCAACUCUGAUGAGGAGGAUGCUACCGAUGGCAUCGCUGCCUAA